UGUAUGAAAAUGUGGUUCAGUUCAAAUAGGCAAGUAUAGUGCAACAUACUGUUAGCUCUAAUGCGGAUAUCAGUUCUGCAGUGUGGUUUAAGUGUUGCGCAAGGUCUAAAUGGCAUUGUUCACUGCCUAGCUACAGUGCAUAACCCGACUAUUCCCCUGUGUUAUGGGUGCUUAUUACAUCUCUGUCAGUAGAGAGGACGGGCGGCCCGUUAGGUUGUUUGAUAACGUGGUGUUCAUGAACAACAAGGCCAACAUCUUCCGCUUUCUGGUGUGCAACCCAGUUCUGGUGGAUGCGGUGAAAGUGAGCCCGGCCCUUAAAGCGCAAUACUUCUGGGGCAGCAUCCCUGGGAUGAACAGGCCCAUCAUCACAUCACAGAACGACAAGGUCAAUCUCCAAGACUUCCUUGAAAGGGGCAGAGUUGCCAAGUUCACAAACGUGAGGACAAUCCCCACCAACUCAAACUCUCUCAAGCAGAACAAAGAUGUUGGCAAGGUCCCGGUAUCAGAGAAAGGCGUGGAUGACAUGUGGAUCACAGUGCUAGAAAAGGAGGCAUUUUUAAAAUGUAGCAUUUCAUUUAUUCUCACUUUUAUUUCUUGAAAUUCAGCUGAAAUGAAAGGUCAACUGCCCCUUAGGCCGUUCAAAACCAAAGAAGUUGGUUCUAUGUCGCAUCGAUACGAGUCAGAAACAUUAAUUCUACACUCUGACUUUUUUUCCCAAAAGGGUUCAUCGGCUGUCCCCAUAGGAGAACCCUUUUUGGUUCCAUGUAGAACCCUUUUGGGUCCAUGUAGACACCUUUGUGGAAAGGGUUCUACCUGAAGCCAAAAUAGGUUCUUCAAAAGGGUUCUCUUAUUGGGACAGCUGAAGAACAUUUACGUUCUAGAGUGUAGUGUCAAAAUUGACUGCAAAGUUGUAAAUGGGAUAAUUUUGGUCAUAAAGUCAGUUUUGUCCAAAGCAGAGUUUUUUUUGUAAAUGAGUUCGUCACGACUUACUGGAGGUUGGUUAUGGAUUAUGAUCAUGGCCACUUGCCCAGUGCCCAGUAACACGGGAGAAGCAUCUGUGCUGCGUGCACUCUAUCCAAUCAUAGUAGCCAAAACCUCCAGACAGUGAGACAAACCUUCCCAUUACACAGAGCCUAAGACUUGCUUACAUAAGACAACACGUCGCCAACGUUAUGUUGAAAUAACCCUUGGCCCUAAGCCCUUUAUGGAGUGGCCAUUUGCUGAUAUGUUUGAUAGUGUCAAUCACUCCAGUCUGCCACUUGUUGGGGGCAAAAUUAGAAUUGAGAUGAUCAAAGUGCACUUUUAUCCCAACUGUAACAUGUCAAUAUUGCAAAACACAUUCGUGAGCAUCUUAUGUCCCCCACAACCUGUUUUGUAACAUGAUUCCUUAUGAAACACUGCUAGACAGACACAUACUCUGGUAAUAGAUAGUGAGAAAGUUGUACAAAACAAAACGGCACUA